AUGUCUACUGCAGAAACAGACACAAUUCGCGCCCAUUGGCGAUGCUUCGUCGCUUGUGGCAUCAUCGUCCUAUCUCCCUUCCAGUAUGGCCUUGACUUUGGUCUCAUCGGAGGGCUCCAAGCCAUGCCCGGCUUUCUCCAGGUCUACGGCUACGAAGACCCAAAAACGGCAAUCGGAUGGAACAUCUCUACCACUAGACAGCAGCUCAUCUCUUCUCUGAUGACACUGGGUGCUUUCAUAAGUUCCAGUCUUGCUGGUUUCGUUGCCGCGAAGCUUGGUAGGAAGAUGUGUCUUUGGCUUGCCUGUCUACUUUGUGCCGUUUCGAAUGUCAUCAUGAUGACCACGACUCACAUUGGCCCAUUGUAUGUUGGCCGACUGCUCAUAGGUUUGGCAAAUGGAUACUUCAUGACAUUUUCGCAGCUCUACAUCCAGGAGACCAGUCCUGCCAAGUACAGAGGAUUGUUCUUGACUGCGUUCCACCUAUGCACUACCUUUGGCACACUGGUAGGAACGAUCAUUGACUGGACAACUGCCAAGCGCCCAGAUCGAUCGGCAUAUCUUAUUCCGCUCGGGAUGAUCUACAUUGUCCCUGUCAUCAUAUUCGUUUCUCUUUGGUUCAUCCCUGAGUCUCCGCGAUGGCUCAUUCUUCAAGGCCGUUACGAUGAUGGUCUCAAGUCACUGGAUUGGUUGAGGCCAAAAGGGGCAGAUGUGGAAGCGGAGUUGGCUGAGAUCCGUCAAGCUAUUGACGCAGAGAAAGAUAUGGCCAGUGGCGUUGGACCACUGGACAUGUUCAAGAACCCAGUCGACAGAAGACGCACCAUGAUAUCGGUAUGCGCAGUUCUUCUGCAAGCUGCUUCAGGUUCCAUGUUUAUUAUUGCCUUCAAAGCCUAUUUCUUUGCCAUGGCCAAAGUACAAGACCCUUUUGCCAUGAGUAACGUCCUCAGCACGGCAGGCAUGACUGCGACUAUCAUCAAUGCUUUUAUCGUUGUUCGAUAUGGACGACGUCGCGUCCUCUUGCUUGGUGGUCUUACUAUUGCUGGCUUCUUCCAGCUUAUCUUUGCUGUUGUCUACGACAGAAACCCAGGCCAGAUUGUUACGGGUAAGGUACUAGUUGCGCUUUCGUGCUUGUUCAUGGUGGCAUAUAAUGGUAUGAUCGCACCGUACUCCUGGCUCGUUGCUGGAGAAAUUCCCUCACAGCGCCUUCGAAGUUAUACAUUCGGCUUCGCAGCAGCCGCUGGAUUUCUUGGAGCUUGGCUUAUUACUUUUACCGCACCAUAUUUCAUUAACCCAAGUGCACUGAACUGGGGUCCCAGAUAUGGAUAUAUUUGGUUCCCUUCAUGCAUGAUCUGUGUUGUCUGGGUGUACUUCUUCCUACCAGAAGUCAAGGGCCGCACGCUUGAGGAGAUAGAUGCUAUGUUCAACGAGAGGCUUCCAGCGAGAAAGUUCCGAACCUAUCAAGUACCACAGAAUGUCGCUGGAGAAAACCUGGGAAAGUCAAGCAUUGAGUUAAGAGUGGUUGAGACCGAGAGAGUCUAG